CAGGGUAUUGCCAGACAUCCAAGGUACGAUGCUACGCCAUUUACUUCUAUAUUCAACUUGGCCUUUUCAAUUUCAUGAUCUUGCUUUUCUCUUAAAGAGACUAUUUUGAGUCCUGCUUAAGAUGAAUAAAUCCCUAAGUAGUUUGCUAAUGAGUAAUCAGCGAUGUAAUCAUGGUCACACACCUGAUCAUCUACUUCACCACCUCUGUCCCUAGCGCCUUGUUCCUCUUCUACCAUUUCACCUAUCUCCAUGGAAUUAUCCACUUCGUCAUGCAGUUCUACUAUUUGGGGACGUAUACGUUAAUGAUGCAUCAGCACAUCCAUGGCGGAGGUGUGUUGCAGAAGCGACCUUUGCUUCGAGUAUUCGAUACGGUUUUCCCGUACAUCACGGACCCCUUAAUGGGGCAUACGUGGAACAGCUACUACUACCACCAUGUCAAGCACCAUCACGUUGAAGGGAACGGGCCUGACGACCUCUCGUCCACGAUCCGCUACCAGCGCGACAACAUCUGGCACUUCCUGCACUACAUCGGGCGUUUCUAUUUCCUGGUGUGGCUAGAUCUGCCCCUGUACUUUCUCCGCAAGGGGCGUCUUACGUUCGCUCUGAAGGGGGCAUUCUGGGAGCUCAUGAACUACUCCAGUCUCUUGAUCCUGUUCCUGCUUAACAGCCGCCCCACGUUCUUCGUCUUCUUGCUCCCUCUCGGAUUACUCCGCGCCGGGUUGAUGGUCGGUAACUGGGGACAGCAUGCUCUGGUAGAUGCGGAUGAGCCCGACUCCGACUACCGAUCUAGCAUCACCCUGAUUGACGUCCCUAGCAACCGAUUCUGCUACAACGACGGGUACCACACGUCGCACCACCUGAACCCGCGGCGGCACUGGCGCGAGCACCCGGUGCACUUUUUGGCGAACAAGGGGACGUACAGCUCGGAGCACGCGCUCGUCUUCCACAACAUCGACUACCUCGAGAUCACGGUGCGGCUGAUGCUGCACCACUACGAGCACCUCGCCCGCUGCCUCGUGCCCAUCGGCGAGCGCCAGAUCGCCAUGACCAUCGAGCAGCGCGCCGCCAUGCUAAGGCGCUGCACCCGCCGCUUCAGCGAGGAGGAGAUCAGCGAGAAGUUUGGCGCUGCGAAGGCGAAGUAGGCUUGCUUGCCUACCUAGUAUGACAAACGGUAACGCUUGGAAUUGGAAAGGGGGGAAGGGGAAGGGGCAUGAGAAAGACGAGGUGAUGAGGUGCUUAAUGCAAAAUUGCAGACUCUCGAUGAAUACCUAGGUACUCAAAGCUUGGAGUUCCCGGGAUAGACGAAAAAAAAAGAAAAAAGUUCCAUAGAUGGGAUAGGUUAGGUGUCUUGGUAGAAUAGUGAUAUACAUAGAGAUGCCUGGUUUUCCAUACCUGCUGUAGAUACGAUACCUUGGUAGGCAUCUGGUAUGGAUAAUAAAUAGACUCAAUAGACUACACUUGCUUGUCUUGCCUUUGGUGUUCUUUGUUGUUAGUGGUCUCCCCUGGAUGGGCAAGUAGUAAGUAACUAUACAUAUGGGCCUCGAGUUUACCUAAGACAUAUGACGCUUUAGCUUCAAUGUUGGGUUAAGGGGGAAAAGCUGAUGAAUC